GGUCGUGCGUGAAGCUUCACUUGCGGCACAAUCAAGAGGGAUCAGAAAAUUUUAAAAUUAAGACCCUCUCUGGUGCAUUCUGAGCAUGCCUCAGCACAUUCCCAAUAAUAAAAAUGCUUCUCUAAUCUUACUCAACCGUCUCAGAUACAGGUCCUGUGACUGGCAGGCAUAAAGGAAAGUGAUAAAUUCAACAACUGUGUGGGAAUUGAACCUAGGACCCUAAGAUCCAAAGUCUGAUACUCUACCAACUGUGCUAUAAAGGCCUAAACCACUACUGCUAUCCAGGGUCGUUAUAAUAUCACCUAGAGCUGACUUAAAUGAAAAAUGAUGGUAACAACUUACAUCCAGAACCAGAACUGGCUAUAGACUACAUGUACAGGUAGCUAUAGAAUUAUGAUAACAUCCAGGAGACAAAACAUGCAGAGCUACUUAAAACAUUUGAGACAACAUUCGAAGUUGGAGUGCUGUUCUGAAAAAAAUAUUCUGGACUGAAAGACAGAGCUUGCUGAUUUUAUUAUCUGACAUGUCCAUCAGCCUUGGAAUCAUCACCACUUAAGAACAUAAGGGAUUACACAUCAUUCAAAAGCUAUGCUAUCUAUCAUAAAACAGAGUUUAUCAUCAGAUGAGAGCAACCCAAUCUGCAAGUUUUUCCAACUAACAAGACAUGCUGCUAGUGCUGGGCCAGAAAUGGCAUGGAAGAUAUAUGAUGCUCAGAGAAUAUCAGAUGGUCAGUAUGCAUCUGUGUUCCUGUUUGAAAAAAAGAUUGCUGAUAAACUUCAUAAACCCAAACGACGUGAAGCAGUCACAGAAAUUCUGCGCAGAGAGGUUCGCCACUUGGAGGAAUUUAAACACCCACGUUUUCUUAAAGUAAUCCAUCCUCUAGAGGAAUGCAAUGACAGCCUUGCUUUUGCCUGUGAAAGUGUCAUCGCAAGUGUUGCUAACAAGUUAGGGAAUCACGAGCGGGCCCCCAACACAAUAGCUCAGGAUAUGAAGGCACUGCAGUUUACAGAAAUUGAAGUGAAGUUUGGAGUUCUCCAGCUGUCUGAGGCUUUGAACUACCUCCAUAAUGUUGAGCAAUUGAUUCAUGGUAAUGUUUGUCCUCAAUCUAUUGUGAUCACCAAGAGAGGGACAUGGAAACUUGCUGGCUUAGGCUUUGUGGCAAAAGCAACAGAUGGGAAGGAUUCCUUUCCUUGUAUACCGUGGAACCAAAAAGCAGCAAAGAUGACACAACCAGAUCUGGAUUUUAUAGCUCCAGAGAUCCAAAUAGACAAAACAUGUACAAAUUUAGCAGAUAUGUUUUCCCUUGGAAUGGUUGUAUGUGCUCUUUAUAAUGGAGGCAAAUCUCUCUUAGAGUCGCAGCAAAAUCCAACCUUAUAUGUGAAGAAAGUGAAUGAGAUGCACAAUGCCUUUAGUGAUGUUGCCCAGAAUAUGCCUCUUGGUUUGGUUGAGCCCAUUGAAAAGAUGAUUCAGCGUGACAUUCGCUACAGACCCACCCCGCAGCAGUUUACCCAGUUAAAGUACUUCAAUGAUGCUGUGGUUCAGUGCCUAUUUACACUGGAGAUGAUGGACUCCAGAGACAAGAAGUUCAAGACAGAAUUUUUAGAGGAUUUAGAGAUGAUCACCCCAGAAAUACCUAAGAAACUGUUGUACCGCCAUGUCUUCCCAAGGUUGUGUCAGGAGCUGAAGAAUCAGGACUUGCUUCUCAAUGUUAUUCCAGUAUUUAUAGCCAUGACAGAGGUGGCAACUCACCAGGAGUUUGCAGAGAAGAUCUAUCCAGGUUUUAAACAACUCUGUUGUAUGCAGAGGCCUGUACAGGCAACAGUAUUAUUACUGGAUAAUCUUGAUAUAGUGCUAGCUAAAAUGCCAAAAGAAGAGAUAAAAACAGACAUUUUGCCAAUCAUCAUGAAUAUGUUGGACUCAAAUUCCCUGCAAGGACAGGAAGCUGCCAUUGCCACUAUAGGCACAAUAGGUGAAUAUCUUGAUGACAGUGUCAUGAGGAAAACAGUCCUACCAAAAGCUAAAAGUGUUUUCAUAAAAGCAACCAAUCCCAAGAUGCGUAUGAAUGCCCUGGCUUGUAUUGACCGUCUCCUAGACAGUAUUGAUAAGAUGAUUAUCUUAGAUGAGGUGUUGCCUUUCCUUACAGAUGUCAACUACCAGGACACAGAAGUUCUAAUGGCAGUAAUCGGUAUAUACAAACACAUGUUGAGUGACAAGAAAUUUGGGCUGACUCACAAUUUGAUUGCUACAAAAGUAAUGCCUCCACUUAUACCAUACACAGUCCAUCCAGGCCUCACAAUGGAACAGUUCAGCCAACUUAUUGAACUUCUUCAAGAAAUGCUUAGUAUUAUUGAUAAACAGCGGAGAAAUAAAAUGAAAAUAGAAGGGAUGAACUAUAACACUCCGUGCAGGCAGUCAAUCAAGAUGCACAGACAUAGCAUGGUUGACAAACCUCGCCUGGAAGAACUCCUCAUAUCCAAAAGUGAAGGCUAUUCUUCUCAAUCAGUUGAUGAACCUCAUAGUAACAAACAAUUCCUUAGUGUAGAUGAUGAGUACAUUAAAACUAUACAAAAGGCAAAGUCCUCACCAGGUACCCCAGAGGUACAAGCAAGUAGGAAACAGUUUACAUACAGCCCUACCCCACAAAGAAGGCACUCCAGUAUUCAUGGUAUCCAGCCUACAUCUUGUAAAUCUAAUUCACCUAAUUCCAAUUCUACAUCAUCACUGAGAGAAAUCUCACCAAGGAGUCGGAGGAAAAGUUUCCAAUGUCGUGACAGCAGGGGAGGAGGGGCUCAUGAUGGAAGGGGAGUUCCUGAUGGAAGAGGGGCAGGAGAUGGUAGGGAGAGGGAACAACAUACAAGGAGCAAGCUAGAAAGUAGAAGCAAACCAGAAAUCAGUGUUGAUGCUUGUCAACUUCUGCACCACCAGGAUCCAAGCCUUUUGUCUCCUCCUAGUCAGAACAGGAGACGACGAUCCAGUACUUCAAGUCUUGGCCCCUUGAUAGUACCAGUAGGUUUCAGUAAUCCAAUACAGGAUCAGCAGGUGAAGGAGAGUCGUAGUGGAAUGCUUGAUGCCAUCAGCCCAAAUGUUCAGCGUAAAGCCAGCUUCUCUAGUCUUGGCGAGAGUGUGGUUCAGUUCUUUGCAACUGCUGGAAAGACAUGACCUUUGUUUGUACCUACAUGUGCACUGGACAAAAUUUGCUGUCGAGAUUACACAAACUGGACGUAUUCUAAUUAGAAUCAAUAGAACACAAAAUCUAGAAUAAGUUGCCCCCCGAGUUGUCCAAAUACCAAUGGACCAAGACAAGGCAUGACAGUGGCCUAAGUAUGCGUGCUUGUGUGUUAGUGCACAAACUAAUACAAGAUAUACAAGACAUACUACAAGAAUCAUUUUUUUAUGAAACUAUGGCACCAGCCUUUAUGUUCCAAGUACAAACAAGGUGACACCCACUAAUUUUGGAAUAAAUUUCUU